CGCAUGUUAUUAUUGAAAGUAAAUACAGUGUAAUAAUUUAUCUUCAGGCAGGGUACGCUAUAUAAUUUCCUGUCGGGAGGGUGUGAGGGGGGCCUUUGCUGAUUCAAGAUGGCCGCUGAGGUUUACUUGUUCUGGCUCUUCCCUUUAUUAAAUGCGAUAUAUAUGUGUGGUGCAGAUCUGUCAUCAGAAGCCUGCCGUGAACUUGGCUUUUCCAGUAAUUUGCUCUGCAGCUCUUGUGACCUUCUUGGACAGUUCAGUCUCAACCAGCUGGACCCACACUGCAGACAGUGUUGCCAAGAGGAGGCCCAGUUAGAAACUAAAAAGCUUUAUGCUGGAGCUGUCCUCGAAGUAUGUGGAUGAAAAUUGGGAAGGUUCCCCCAAGUCCAGGCUUUUGUCAGAAGUGAUAAGCCCAAGAUGUUCAAGGGUUUGCAGAUCAAGUAUGUGCGUGGCUCUGAUCCUGUGCUAAAGCUGUUGGAUGACAAAGGGAACAUUGCAGAAGAGCUGAGCAUUCUCAAAUGGAACACUGAUAGUGUGGAAGAAUUUCUCAGUGAAAAGUUGGAACGUUUAUAAAUUGCAUAGUAGAACCGUUCUUUUAUUUUGUCAAUUAUAUUUGUAUACACGACUCUGCUAAUAUCUGGAAAACUCCCAUGUCAUACCAGUGAAUGUGAUGACAUAAAUUGGUCAACAUAGAUCAUGUUAUGUUUUGAGAGGAACUGAACAGUUAAUAUUCAAAAUAGGUUUAUUAUCAUAACUGUCAGUAGAAUUAUCUGCAAUUGGCUAGUCUGUUUAGUCACACAUCACCAUUUUAUGAUUGAAAAUAUUGUUUUUCUUUGAAACAAAUUACUUGUUCUGCAUAAUUUCACUUCCUUCAGUCCAUUCUGAAAUUUUCUGUUGAAUGUAGAUGGCUUUUGUUGUUUGUACUUAAUAGAUGGUACCUCCUAUUUACUGCAGUGGAUAUGAUGCAUUAAGUAAUUGCUCUUUUGUGAAGGCUGAACAGGAAACCUUUUUAUGGUAUGUAUAGCCUGAUGUCUUGUGCACUUACUGGUGUUUCAGCUCUGCUGUGGUACAAGUGGGUUAGAAAGAUGACAUUCUUAAAUUUGGAAUAAUAAAAGUUAUUUCUGAA